AUGUUUUGCUACAGUGGUCUUUGUAUCUGCGUUCUGACAUAGACUGGCGCUUUUGCCAUAAUAUUCUUUAUAUAUUCUUUUGACUUAGACUGGCGUAUGGACUAGUUAGUUUCGGUCCAAAGAGCCAUACUUGCACCAAUCUUCGACUUUAAACGAGUUUGUUGUGUUCGGAUGGUGCUAGUGAGAUAAUUCUGAAUUAAGUAUCAUAAAAAGUAUUAAAAAAAUGGAUAACGACAAAAAUACGGCGCUCGCUGUUUUACAGUUUCUAAAAAAGUAUAAUUUAAAAGGAACUGAAGAACUGUUCAGAAAAGAGGCUAAUCUCACAGAUAUUUCUGAGGAUACUCAACAAACCGAUUCUGAAGUAACCAGUGUUCUUUCUGCUUACAAAAGCGAGGGUGAUCCCGCGCAAUAUGAAAAAGCAUACAGUGAAAUGAAAAAAUUUGUGGAAGGUGCCUUAGAUAUUUAUAAACAUGAAUUGGGUACCAUAUUAUAUCCAGUUCUGGUGCAUAUGUACCUAGAGUUAGUGUAUAAUAAUCAUUCUCAAGAAGCGAAACAACUUGCGGAAAAAUUCAAUGGAAAUUUAGAAGAAUAUUAUCAAGAUGAUUUUAAAAAAAUAUGUAAUGUGACAAAAAGAGAACAGAUGGCAGGAAAUGAAUUAACUGACACAUUCAAGUCUAAUCAGUUCAUAAUUAGAAUGUCAAGGGAUACUCUUUCGAUUCUAAAACGACAUUUACAAGAAAAGAAGUAUAGCGUUUUAUUAAACAUCAUACAGGAACAUCUUUACUUUGAUAUGUAUGAAGGUGUUGCUCGUAAUAAACAACAGAUAGAUGCCACAUCUGGUGCUAUGGUAGGCGAAGCUACCAGACAAGAUAACAAAGCUAAAGUCUGUUAUGGACUUCUAAAGGAACCAGAUAUUCAGUGUGUGGCACCAGCCGAAGAAGAAGAGGAUGAUACUGGCGGAGGAGACGGAGAUAAACCGAAAAAGAAAAAAGCAAAAAAAGAUCCUUUGUUUUCAAAAAAAACUAAGACUGAUCCAAACGCACCAGCUGUAGGCAGGAUGCCAUUGCCUAAUCUUAAGGAUGCAGAUAAGUUGGAAAAAGUUAAAGCAUUGAGGGAAGCAUCCAAAAGAGUUAUUCUAGGGCCCGAUUCGCUGCCGUCUAUAUGCUUUUAUACAUUGUUAAAUUCAAUUCAUAGUGUAACAGCGGCGGAAAUAGCGGAAGACUCGAGUUUGUUGGCUAUCGGAUUCAGCGAUUCUGGUAUAAAAGUAUGGAGUUUGAUUCCACAAAAGUUGAGAUUGAUGAAAACGGGUGAACAAUUACAGGAUAUUGAUAGAGAAGCAGACGACGUGUUGGUCAGAAUGAUGGAUGAUCGAACGGCGGAAACUGCAAGAAAUCUAUUCGGUCAUAGUGGACCUAUUUAUAGUCUUUCGUUCAGUCCAGAUAGAAAUCUCUUACUUUCGUCAUCGGAAGAUGCUACAAUUAGGUUGUGGUCUCUGCAUACAUGGACAUGCGUCGUCUGCUACAAGGGUCACUUGUUUCCCGUGUGGUGCGUAAGAUUCUCGCCGCAUGGUUAUUACUUCGCAACUGCCUCGAACGACAAGACAGCCAGAUUAUGGGCAACUGAUUCUCAUCAGCCAUUGCGAAUAUUUGCUGGCCAUUAUUCAGAUGUUGAUGUGGUACAAUUUCAUCCAAAUUCAAAUUACGUCGCGACCGGCUCGAGUGAUCAGACUGUUAGACUGUGGGACUGCGUGUCCGGCAGUCAGGUCCGUUUAAUGACCGGACAUAAGGGAUCAAUUUAUUCUCUAGCCUUCUCGACGGAAGGACGAUUUUUAGCUUCCGCCGGUGCCGAUCAUCGUGUCCUCGUAUGGGAUCUGGCGCACGGUCAUCUUGUCGCGGCUUUGUCGGACCACACCGGUAAUAUUCAUUGUCUGUCGUUCAGUCGAGAUGGCAAUAUUCUAGUUUCAGGAUCUUUAGAUUGCACAUUAAAAUUGUGGGAUUUUACAAAACUAGCGGAAGAGAUGAGUUUGGAGGACGUUAACGUCUCGCAUAAUCCCGAUGUGAAAACUAAUGCGGAAUCUUAUUUACUGCGUACCUUUGCCACAAAAAAUUCACCUGUAAUAGCGUUACAUUUUUCGCGUAGAAAUUUACUGUUAGGUAUCGGUAUGUUCGAUUCGACAUGAUUCACGGCAUUUAUUAGGUUUUUCAUAUACUUCUUGUACAUAUAUAUGAGAAUUUUUUAUGAGAUAAAUUUUUUAUACUUCUUAGCUUUAUGAUAUUGUGUAAUACUAG